AUUUGAUAAAACUGAUAAUGCUAGAGGUGAUUGCUUGGACUCCAGUAGUUCUUCGCAUACCCAAUACUUUGCUGAAGAAAAGUAUACUAAAGAAAUUAAGAGGAUAACUACUGAUGAAUAUGUUGGUAUAUCUGAAUCAAUCUCGGGGUCGGAUGAUUCAUUUCGUUGCAUACAUGGCCCAUCGGGGAAAAUAUACACUGAAGAAGGUCUUUUAAAAAGAAAUUUGAUGAAAAAUUUGGAUACAACUCUUGUUGAUCGCAAAUGGACUGACAAAUGUCCACCCUCGCAAGAUUGGGAUAUCGCAAAAGUGUUAGAAUUCUUGGUCCAAGAUCCAGUUGGAUGCGAACAGUUAGAAAGAUUGGAGAUGUAUUUGAUGGACUAUAUAAAAACCGCGGAAAAUGGCUUCAGAAUUGAUACGCUGUUAAGCCUUUGCAUAAUACUUGAAUAUCUCUUGGAAAAUGUUAAUAAGAAACAUAAUUUUAAGCAUAUAGUGACGUUACUUAUGAAAAACAUGGAGAAACCAAUAUUAUUUGUCGUAUCAUCGGAUGUUGUGACACAUAACAAAACUCUGCAGCAGUAUUUUAGUUAUUUGGGUUAUCUUUUGAUGAGCUUAGAAGAUGACCACAUGUUCGAUCUAAUAUCCCGCGCAGUAAUUUGGCAGAUGAGUUCGCCUAAUCGCUGCAGGGUUCAGGGUUCUGUACGGCCGUGCCACGUGUUGGCUGUGUGCAAUACAGUGUUUCAUGAAAUGGUGGUCAGAAUGCUCGCUGUCUCAAGAACGAAUAGAUACGAGACGUUUCUCAAGAUUGCAUGCAUUCUAGCUUGCGACUCCUACGAUAGCUGUAUUGAAAUGAUGAAGCAAAAUAUAGUAGAAAAUCUGUUCUAUCGCUUCAACCCGUAUUUUCCUCAUAAAAAUUUGCCGGCCUAUGAAAUUAAUCCAAAGGAUCCACAGGAUAUUAAUGUUAAAUUAGGUGAUAGCAGUAUUUAUAUGACGACUACAAUAACCUUGUUACUGGUACUUUUAAAAACAACUUUAGAUUAUUUGAAAGAUGAUUGCAAAAAGCAUCUAUUGUUACCGUGUCCCGAUGAAUACUCUAUCAGGUGCUUCAUUUGGGUCUAUCGCUAUGAAUGCCGCGCCAGGGACCACAAUAACGUGAGGAAUUCAUUAACGGUCAUCGCUGCGGCGCUGUAUAAAUGCUUCGGUGAAAGACUGAAUGGAUUCUCCUCGGUUUUAAUGUUAGAUGUCCUGGCGCUUUCUGUGUUGACAGAAGUUCCUCGGAGGAAUGACUGGACAAGAACAGUUAAUAUGAAUACCAAUCAAAUCGAUGUUCAGUUUAAGAAACUACUUAUUUACUUGUCCGUCGACUUUAUAAAAACGUGUCCCUCCAACUCAUUUAUGAUUGAGUCACAGUGCUGGCUAUUAGGGCUGAUGUGUCUGAUCGAUCCAGGUCUGUGCUCUCUGAGAGCUAAAUGGUCUUCAUCGUUGUAUGCGGAAAUUCGGAAAGUAACAUUACAAGCACUCGUGUGCACUUUGCCACGAAUGUCACCGGCGCUCAUUAACAGAUAUGGCAUCAUGAGAAGAUUGAUGUGGUAUAUAGAAUGGUAUACAGAGAGCCCAUAUGAGCUACCAGUACUGUAUUGGUGUGUCAGAGUUCUCCAAGUGUCAAUACACCGCAGAAGUGAUGCCGAAAGACGCCAAUCGUUACAAGACUUGUUCGAUACACACGGGAUCGUUGUGUUGAUGCAUCUGUGUUACACGCUCCUGAGCUUAAAGGACCCGCCAGUAGAGAGAAGCCAGGUUAUCAUAGGAGUUACUCUUCGUCUUCUCACAAGUGCAGUACAGCUGAACGCCAGACUCAAAUGCUGUGUUUACCCUGAGCUGGUGUGGCCCAAAACCAUCGUUAGAUUGGCCAGAACAAUGUUCGAUGCUGUACUAAAAGCGUUGAAUAAUCACUCUUUUAUAAGCGACAGGUGGCUGGUUAGUUUGCUAAAUUUUAUUUGGGAAGCGAUUGUGUGGACUCGGGAGUACAGAGAACUAUUUGUAGCUGACAAUGGUGUUUACAAACUUCUAGAUCUUAUUACAAUGACAAAGUCUUCAGUUCAAAAUUUGGCGCUUGCAAUACUGUGUGACAUAGCCAAGAGUGGUAUAGGACUCGGUCAGCUGAUAACGUGGAGGGCGAAGAUUCGUGCUUCAGAUACUCAACCAAUUGUCACCAAACGAGGCUCCACUAUAGCUACGCUUCUUGCAUCUGUAUUUCGUGAUGAAUGUCGAGCGUCAGGCCUGCACCUUGAUGAGCACGGUGUCAUCCAGAACCUGCAUCUUCCGUUAAUGACUAACCUGGUGAAGAAUACUUUGGCGACGGAUGGCGUUACGAAUACGGCAAUAGUUGGCACGCAAUUGAUUUGCGUCGCAGCUGAUCUUGCUGGCUCUCGCAUGUCCAAGGCUUAUGCUCUGUUACACUUGCUGUCAGAAGACCUGGCCUGGAAAGUGGAUAUAGCUGAUGAGAGCUAUAAAUUGUACAAAGAUAUCAAACUGCUGCCUGAUGACGAGGUUAUAUUAAUACUAUGUUACUACUUUUUGACAAUAAAACUUAAUGAGACGUGGUAUGAAAUUAAAUCUCAGAGCAGUGGAUAUUUACCAGAGGAUGAAGCGCUAUUGGAAGAGUUUGUUAACAUGAGCAAAGGUUGGACAAAAGAAAUUCAACGAAACCAACAAGACAUCAUUAAGCAAGCUAUGCAGAAAGAUUUGGAAGAAGAGAAGUCGUUGUACGCAUUCCUCGGCCGAGUACGGUUGAACAUAUCGCUUGACGCGCUGCGCGACGUACGCUGCAUCCAGCGCUCGGCGGACCGAAGCCUGCUGUGUCCCGCCAUGCUGCUGGAUGCUGUGGAGGCGCAUCACAGACGCGUGCACCUCGCAGAACAACUGCGAGCCGUGGUGCUGCGGACCUACGUCCCUCCGCUUGACGAUCAAAACACAACAGGACAGUACGUAAAAGUCUACAGUAUUUAUCCGAAGACCAAACCCAAACCUCGAGAUGACCAGUCCUGUUAAAUAUUAUGUUAUUUCUAAUAGAGAUUCAAUUAUUUAAAAAUAUACGUAAUUUAAAAUUAUCAUUUUAAUAUUAUAAAAAUUGUAAGCAGCAAA